AUAGUAGUAUCGAGGGCGUCGUCAGACUGCUCGUACAGUGGUUCACCUACAAAGCAAUCGAAUCGGUCAACAAUUCGCGUUUGUGCAAUUCCAAAAGCAUUUAUGUUUCAGUAUGAAAUUGCUAAUAUUAUGCUUGUUAGUCGCAUCGGGCGCUACUUUUACACUUUUCGGGCCACACAUUCGUAUUUCACCAGGCGAUCAUCACAAUGAGAUUAUAUUGCAUUUCCGGAAUCCUUGCAAUAAUAAGACAAGCUACACAACUACUAUUCGCCCACCCUCCACACCUUGUAAAUAUCAUCCAACUACACCAAAUUGUGAACACCGCACAACAAUUGCAACUAAACAACCAUGUCAGCACAAAACAACCACACCUCACGACUGCCCAGGAGACACAACAGCAACGGCACAAACUUCGACUCCCAAGCCCACAUAUCAGACAACCAUACAAACAACACGUCAAAGUACAGUUAAAACUACACCAAAGUCAAGUACAGAAAAGCCAACCACAUUGAAGCCCACCACAACAUUGAAGCCUAUCACAGAAAAGCCAACCACUGCGAAGCCAACUGUUCCUAGCACUACAACAUUGAAGCCAAGCACCGAAAAACCAACCACAUCGAAGCCAACUGUUCCUAGCACUACAACAUUGAAGCCAAGCACCGAAAGGCCAACUACUUCGAAGCCAACUACCACAGUGAAGCCAACUGUUCCUAGCUCCACAACUUUGAAGCCAAGUACAGAAAAGCCAACCACAGCGCCAACUGUGCCCAGCACCACCACAUUAAAGCCAAGCACAGAAAAGCCAACCACUUCGAAGCCAACCACUUCGAAGCCAACUUUGAAGCCAAGUACAGAAAAACCAACCACAUCGAAGCCAACUGUUCCUAGCUCCACAACUUUGAAGCCAAGUACAGAAAAAACUUUGAAGCCAAGUACAGAAAAACCAACCACAGCUAAGACUUUGAAGCCAAGUACAGAAAAGCCAACCACAGCCAAGACUUUGAAGCCAAGUACAGAAAAAGCAACCACAGCGAAGCCAACUGUUCCUAGCACUACAACAUUGAAGCCAAGCACAGAAAAACCAACCACAGCUAAGCCAACUGUUCUUAGCACCACAACAUUGAAGCCAAAAAAGCCAACCACAUCGAAGCCAAGUGUGCCCAGCACCACAACAUUGAAGCCAAGCACAGAAAAGCCAACUACAUCAAAGCCAACUGUGCCUAGCACCACAACAUUGAAGCCAAGCACCGAAAAGCCAACCACAUCGAAGCCAACUGUUCGUAGCACCACAACAUUGAAGCCAAGCACAGAAAAGCCAACCACAUCGAAACCAACUGUUCGUAGCACCACAACAUUGAAGCCGAGCACAGAAAAACCAACCACAUCGAAGCCAACUGUUCGUAGCACCACAGCAUUGAAGCCGAGCACAGAAAAACCAACCACAUCGAAGCCAACUGUUCGUAGCACCACAACAUUGAAGCCGAGCACAGAAAAGCCAACCACAUCGAAGCCAACUGUUCGUAGCACCACAACAUUGAAGCCAAGCACAGAAAAGCCAACCACAUCGAAACCAACUGUGCCUAGCACCACAACAUUGAAGCCAAGCACAGAAAAGCCAACCACUUCGAAGCCGACAGAGCCGAGCACCACAACAUUGAAGCCAAGCACCGAAAAGCCAACAACUUCGAAGCCAACUGUUCGUAGCACCACAACAUUGAAGCCAAGCACGGAAAAGCCAACCACAUCGAAGCCAACUGUUCGUAGCACCACAACAUUGAAGCCGAGCACAGAAAAGCCAACCACAUCGAAGCCAACUGUUCGUAGCACCACAACAUUGAAGCCAAGCACAGAAAAGCCAACCACAUCGAAACCAACUGUGCCUAGCACCACAACAUUGAAGCCAAGCACAGAAAAGCCAACCACUUCGAAGCCGACAGAGCCGAGCACCACAACAUUGAAGCCGAGCACCGAAAAGCCAACAACUUCGAAGCCAACUGUUCGUAGCACCACAACAUUGAAGCCAAGCACAGAAAAGCCAACUACAUCGAAACCAACUGUUCGUAGCACCACAACAUUGAAGCCGAGCACAGAAAAACCAACCACAUCGAAGCCAACUGUUCGUAGCACCACAACAUUGAAGCCAAGCACAGAAAAACCAACCACAUCGAAACCAACUGUGCCUAGCACCACAACAUUGAAGCCAAGCACAGAAAAGCCAACCACUUCGAAGCCGACAGAGCCGAGCACCACAACAUUGAAGCCGAGUACAGAAAAGCCAACCACAUCGAAGCCAACUGUUCGUAGCACCACAACAUUGAAGCCGAGCACAGAAAAGCCAACCACAUCGAAACCAACUGUGCCUAGCACCACAACAUUGAAGCCAAGCACAGAAAAGCCAACCACUUCGAAGCCAACUGUUCGUAGCACCACAACAUUGAAGCCGAGCACAGAAAAGCCAACCACAUCGAAACCAACUGUGCCUAGCACCACAACAUUGAAGCCAAGCACAGAAAAGCCAACCACAUCGAAACCAACUGUGCCUAGCACCACAACAUUGAUGCCAAGCACAGAAAAGCCAACCACAUCGAAGCCAACUGUUCGUAGCACCACAACAUUGAAGCCGAGCACAGAAAAGCCAACCACAUCGAAACCAACUGUGCCUAGCACCACAACAUUGAAGCCAAGCACAGAAAAGCCAACCACUUCGAAGCCAACUGUUCGUAGCACCACAACAUUGAAACCGAGCACAGAAAAGCCAACCACAUCGAAACCAACUGUGCCUAGCACCACAACAUUGAAGCCAAGCACAGAAAAGCCAACAACUUCGAAGCCAACUGUUCGUAGCACCACAACAUUGAAGCCAAGCACAGAAAAGCCAACCACUUCGAAGCCGACAGAGCCGAGCACCACAACAUUGAAGCCAAGCACCGAAAAGCCAACAACUUCGAAGCCAACUGUUCGUAGCACCACAACAUUGAAGCCAAGCACAGAAAAGCCAACCACAUCGAAACCAACUGUUCGUAGCACCACAACAUUGAAGCCGAGCACAGAAAAGCCAACCACAUCGAAGCCAACUGUUCGUAGCACCACAACAUUGAAGCCAAGCACAGAAAAGCCAACCACAUCGAAACCAACUGUGCCUAGCACCACAACAUUGAAGCCAAGCACAGAAAAGCCAACCACUUCGAAGCCAACUGUUCGUAGCACGACAACAUUGAAGCCAAGCACAGAAAAGCCAACCACUUCGAAACCAUCAGAACCGAGCACCACAUCGUGGUGGCCAAGCACUCGAAAACCGACCACAUUGAAGCCAACAGAGCCUAGUCCCACAACCAGGAAGCCAACCACUUCGAAACCAACUGAGCCGAGCACCACAACAUUGAAGCCAAGCACAGAAAAGCCAACCACAUCGAAGCCAACUGUUCGUAGCACUACAACAUUGAAGCCGAGCACAGAAAAGCCAACUACAGCGAAGCCAACUGUUAGCACAGAAAAGCCAACUACAGCGAAGCCAACUGUUCGUAGCACCACAACAUUGAAGCCAAGCACAGAAAAGCCAACCACUUCAAAACCAUCAGAACCGAGCACCACAUCGUGGUGGCCAAGCACUCGAAAACCGACCACAUUGAAGCCAACAGAGCCUAGUCCCACAACCAGGAAGCCAACCACUUCGAAACCAACUGAGCCGAGCACCACAACAUUGAAGCCAAGCACAGAAAAGCCAACCACAUCGAAGCCAACUGUUCGUAGCACUACAACAUUGAAGCCGAGCACAGAAAAGCCAACCACAUCGAAGCCAACUGUUCGUAGCACCACGACAUUGAAGCCAAGCACAGAAAAGACAUUGAAGCCAAGCACAGAAAAGCCAACUACUUCGAAGCCAACUGUUCGUAGCACGACAACAUUGAAGCCAAGCACAGAAAAGCCAACCACUUCGAAGCCAUCAGAACCGAGCACCACAUCGUGGUGGCCAAGCACUCGAAAACCGACCACAUUGAAGCCAACAGAGCCGAGCACCACAACAUUGAAACCAAUCACAGAAAAGCCAACCACUUUGAAACCAACUGAGCCAAGCACCACAUCGUGGUGGCCAAGCACUCGAAAACCGACCACAUUGAAGCCAACAGAGCCGAGUCCCUCAACCAGGAAGCCAACCACUCUGAAGCCAACUGAGCCGAGCACCACAACCAGGAAGCCAAGUACAGAAAAGCCAACCACCUUAAAACCAACUACUCCCAGCACCACAACACAUAAACCGAUUACUCAAAAGCCCAGCACUUCCCCGCGCACAACGCCCACAACGGAAAAGGUAACAACGGAAGGACCUGAAAGUACUACUGAGUCACUGCCCCCUUUUAACGUCUUUCAAGUGCAAUCGACUACGGAAGGUAUCGAUUAUAACUAAAUUAACUUUGUAAUAUAUCGUGCUAAAACGGUAUAUACCUCAUAUAUAUUUCACAGAAUUUGUUCAAUGAAUUUAACUGAAUUUCUUCUUAUAAUAAUAAAAUAAAUAAUUAUAUUAC